GUUCUCAUCAAGGCUCUCAACCACUUCCCUUCCCCCUUCCGAUUCCGCCCAGCCCUCUACUCUCCCCCGAAUUGAAAUCCUCCUCCUCCCCGCCUAGGGUUUCGCUUCCUCCACCCCGCCGUCCGUUCGAGCAUCCUCCGCCCCACCGGCGGCUGCGGCGGCCGCCACCCCUCCUCUCGUCGCCCGGAGACUUCCCCUACCGCCGCCCGUCUGGGUUGCCUGCUCGGCCGCUCCCCGGCCGCCCCGCCCUGACCCGAGGUCAUUUGUGGCACCAAGAGUGCCAAGAGUGGAACAGCGAAAUUUCUAAGUGAAGAAUAAAGGUGGGUUUGAAGCUAUCUUCUGUUGUUGCUUCCAUGGCAACCAACGAGAACCUCCCACCAAAUGUCAUCAGGCAAUUGGCUAAAGAAUUGAAGAAUCUUGAUGAGUCACCUCCAGAAGGGAUUAACGUGAUUGUCAAUGAUGAUGACUUCACCACUAUUUUUGCUGACAUUGAAGGCCCUGCUGGAACUCCAUAUGAGAAUGGAGUGUUCAGGAUGAAGCUAAUAUUGUCUCGCGACUUCCCUCAAUCUCCCCCAAAAGGAUUCUUCUUGACAAAAAAUUUUCAUCCAAAUAUAGCUACUAGUGGUGAGAUUUGUGUAAACACACUGAAGAAGGAUUGGAAUCCUGGCCUUGGAUUAAGACAUGUUCUUCUGGUAGUGAGGUGCCUUCUGAUUGAACCAUUUCCUGAAUCUGCGCUGAAUGAACAAGCUGGGAAAAUGUUACUUGAAAAUUAUGAGGAAUAUGCAAGGCAUGCAAGGUUAUACACUGGCAUCCAUGCACUUAAACCUAAGAAUAAGUCCAAGACUGGAGCUAUUUCUGAGUCGACCACAGCUUUGAAUGUGGACAAGUCAAGUACUGCUUCCAGUGAGAAAACACCAUCGAUGCCACCAGCAGUAUCCACUUCAUCCAGAGCAUUUGGCACAAACUUGCAGGAUCAGAACCCAACUGUUUCUGAUCCUGCCGUAGUAGCUGCAGCAGCACGAAAGAAGGAUGGCCCGAUGGCCUCCAAAGCUCCUCUUGAUAAGAAGAAGAUGGAUGCGCGGAAGAAGAGCUUGAAGAGAUUAUAGGCGAAAACAUCCCGGGAAAAGGAUUCAAAUUUGUUCGCAUGCGCCGAGUUCAGCAGAUGCUUAGUGAAACGGGGGGCAAAAAUAAGUGGAGAGGCAUCUGAUCUGGCUUUCGGGACAAAGUGGGGAACGGGGCGGGGCCAGAAGGGAAUAAUGUGAACUGGGUCCUUCGGGACAACUGUAUUAUGUGCAAUGUCAAUCAUUUGGAAGACCCCCUGCCUAUUUUCUUUUGUUGUUUCUCAUUUGUCUGAUGCAAUUGAUGCAAAUCGACCAGCAUGCCCUACAAUUGGCCGUACCAUGAGCAACUGGCAGAGCGGCAGGACGUAAAUGUCCUACCCACCUACCCGUUGCCCCUCCUACGGAUCCACCUGUGAUUGUAGUCAGAGCGACUUGUGCGUCUGAA